UGUUCGCUUUUCACUUCGGUUUUGGGGGCUUGUUCGCUUUUUGGGGCUCCACUGGCGCUGAGUGGAUGAUUUUAUGCUGUAUGCGCAGCGCACUUGACGGCAAUUGUUGUCAUUGUUUUAGUUGUGUGUGGAAUCGGAUGUUCGCUGUCUCCCUCGCACAGCGGUAAAAUGUGUGUGUUCCGUUCAGUUUGCGCCGUUCAUUGAUUUCCUAAUUAAGUUUAUAAUUAAAAUUAAUUGAAAAAUUACUCGCAUAUGUAUGUGCGCUGGCAUGUACAGACAUGUAAAUUGGCUGACCGCGUGUGAAAGCCUAUUAAAUAAAAUAUGUUAUGUACUUACAAGUUCCCUAUGUACAUUUGACUAAUAAAUUGCUUUGAAUUCGAAAGCGAAAUUGUGCCAAAAACAUCAACAUCAGCAGCUAAAGAGGUGGUCCUGCCAAACGCCCAACGAUGUGGCAACCCUAGGCAAAUGAACUGUUUUACCUGCCCAAAACGCACAACAACAAUAACUAAAAAAGACAACUACAGGAACUUAGGAGAGAGCGGGCAGCACAACGGAUAAUUUAGUGGAAUUUUCAAAAAUAGCAAAGCCAGCAACAACGGCGGCAGCCAUAAUCCCCCAGCGAGAGCACAAUAAUCAAAGAUUAAAUCAGGUUUAUAUAGAAAGGGUUAGCAUGGCGCAGGAAGAAAUACACGUUUCCUAGCGCAGCAACAACUACAAACACCUACAACUGAUUACACUCACACACGGAGCGGAAGACGAGAGAGAGCGCGAGAGGAAUAUUGUUCAUGCGGGAAAGUUUAUGUACUCCGAAAUACCUGUUUAUGCUAUAUGAAAGUUUAUGAAUGAAAAAUAAAAUCAAAUGGAAAACAAAAUUAAGGGAGUAAUAAUUUUCAAAGUCUUUGAUGGACACACAUAUUAUUGAAUUAAAAUAACUCUUUCAUUAAAGGACACACAUAUUAUUGAAUUAAAAUAACUCUUACAUUAAAGGACCUCUAUUUAUGUGGUGCAAAAUUCAUGAAAAUAAAAAUACUUGUUCACGAACUGAGAGCACGAAAAGGACUUGCCAUAAACACAUUUACUGAGAGGGCAAGAGCAUAAAGAGAGCAGCGACGCCGACAGAGGCAGCGGGAGAACAUAAAUCGCUGUCGCAGCGCUCGCUUGGAUGUUUUUCGCUCAUUUUGCUUUUCGAAUUCGUUGCGGCAAUGUCGUGUUUUCUCGCGGCGGUGAAAACACUCUGCAACAACUGUAACAACAACGAUAAGAUUUUCCGCUUUUCCGUAUGGAAGCAGAAGCACUAGCGGCAUUUGUUUUGAAAGUAAAGCAGAGGCUAGCGAGAAAAACGAAAAUAUAAAACAGAGGAAGCGGAAAAAGCAACGCCGCUGCCGACCGCGCCUCGCUCUCUGUGUGUGUGUGUGUUCGUGUGUCCGUGUCUGUGUCUGUGAGCCUACCGCCUGUCUGUGUGUAAGUGGGCGCGAACGUAAGGCCGAAAAGGAAGUGAAAAUAGUGCAAAAAGGCCAAGUAAUAAUAAUAAUAAUAAAAUAGGCAAAAAGACAGGCCCCAAAAGAGACCAGACCAGUUUCAAAAAGCGCCUAUUUCCAGGCUCUUUGCCGCACAUGUAUUAGUACGUGUGUGAGCGGCGGCAGCAGCAACAACAACAACAAAUAGAAGCGACCACAUACGUUGGAAAAGGCCUUUUUUCAAGGAGCGAAAGGCAGUGCGCGAGCGAGCAAUAAGAAUAAUAAAUUACACUUUGCUAUAAUAAGAAAAAUUUAUACAUACAUACAUACACGUACGCGGGAGAGGCCCACACAGAAACACACAUGUGUUUUUCCUGGCCGAGAGUGUGUGUGGAAAAUUGUAAUAAAAUAUGAACCGCAGAAGCAGCGGCAAAACGAGAAAAACGAGAGAAAAUUUCGAAAUAUCGCAUGUGCCAUUUUAAGCUUUAAAUAAAUUAUAACGUACAGUAUUACCCAAAAAAAAUAAAAGAGAAAAAAAAAAACGAAAUAUACAAAAAACAAUUGAACAAAAUGUCCUGCAUAUCGAGCAACUUUAGCUCCUUCUUCCUCAACUCGCUCAACGAUCCUUCAGAGUUUUCCAAGUACUUGAGCAAUGGCGAGCUCAAAUGCACUAAUUUCGAGGAAUUUCAAGUGUUUGGCUGCGGCGCAGGCGCGCCGACGCAACAGCAGCAGCAGCUACAGCAGCAGCAACAACAACAUCAGCAACAGUAUUCCCACACACAUUUACCCAAUGGCAAUCCAGCAGCAGUCGCAGCCUCAGCAGCGGACUUUCCCAAUUACGAGGCAACGCAGGCGACGUCGCAGCGGGAAAACUCCUCCUCCGUUAACUCAGGUAGCUCCGUUAAUCCCGCACACUAUGCUUCCGCCGCCGCCGCCGCUGCUGCUGCUGCUGCCGCCUCUGCCAGCGUCGAGGCCGGCGCAGCAGCGGCUCCGACGUCGAAUCCUGGCGUAGGAGCAGCCGGAUCAACCCCCCUCACCGCCACCCCCCCGAGCAAUCGCUGGCCCACAGCGGUGGCCACGCCCAAUGGCCACCAGAGCACCACCGCCUCCCCGGGCGGUUCAGUGCCCCAGCACUUUGAUGGAUCCUUUGAGUUUAUCAAAUAUCUGCGCCACUCCACGGAUUUCACACCCACGUCAGCGGGCAGCGUCAGCGAAGGCAGCCCCUGCCCGGAAAAGCCAGGAAAACCGGGCAUACCCGCAGGCACCACCCCACCACCGCCUGCCCAAUCGCCUGUGGCCAGCGGUCUGCUCGAUCUGGAUACCAGCACCUCGCAGAAAUCCCGCUCUGCCUCCCGCAAAGUGGCCGCUCUGUUGUCUUCCGUUUCGCGGGCUUCCAACAGUCUGGUGGACACCAGCACCUCCGCCCUGGAUGUCUUCGAUCACGAUUCAAAGCAAACGAUCUUUGACCUCCAGCACAUGGCUUCCAAUGGAUCCUCCAAUUCGAAUGAAUCCUCACUGGAGAUGCUAGCAUUUCCCAAUUCGCACCUCAAUGCCUCCAAUUCGAACACCUCAUCCGAGGGAGCGGCCUGCGGAAGUGCGGGCGAGUUUGGAGGUCUGUUAACCGGCGCCAGUUGCUCCUCCUCGACGGCUUCCUCAUCCUCGCAUGCCCCGAAACUCUUGGGUAGCUUUGUGAUCAAGGAGAACUUCGAGGUGCAUCCAUCGCACAAGGUGGAGGAGGGCAUCUUUCAGCAUAUGAACAAGCUGCCCUCGAAGAAGAAGGAUACGCUGAAGCAGCUGGGAGUCCGUUUCACUGGCCAAAUGACGCUGACGGACAAAUCGAUUGUGGUGGAGAACUUCAUCAAGUUCUGCGAGGAAUACGAUAUCAAGGACCACAGACCAUGGCUGUCGCUGAAUCAGUGCGGUCUGAAUAAGCCCGAGCAGAUCAAAUUCGCUCGAUAUUUGGGCCAGGGACUGCCGACGUUCACGCUCUUCUGCAUUUAUAGCAAUUUUAAGAAUCUGUUCUGCACCAAACGCACGGAAAUCUACACGAAGGACGGCUACAAUCUGCCUUAUAUACUCGACAAAACCAAGCGCUUCCUGGCCAACACAACAGCUGGCGACAAUACCAACAACAACAUCACCAACAACACCAGUAACAAGACCAACAACAACACCAGUACAACAACAACAUCCACACCAGUCAAACAGACACCACAACAGCAACAGCAAUCCGAAGCGGAACUGCUGCUGGCACCCAACUCACCUGCAACACCGAAACUCGCAACAGCAGCAGCAACGGCGGCGGCAACAGCAACACCAGCAGCAACAUCGGUAGUGGGAGGAGCAGGAGCCACGCCCACACAGACACCGCUACCACGCACAAGGCCUGCCACGCCUACAAUGCCGGCAGGAGCAGCAGCUGGAACGCCCACCACCCCACAGCAGCAACAGCAGCAGCAGCAACAACAACAACAGCACCUGCAACAUCAACAACAACAGCAGCAGCAGCAACAUCAACAGCAUUUGUUGCAACAUUCGCAUCCUACGCACCCACAUCCGCAUGCCCAGCACUCGCAUCCGCACACGCUAGCCCACGCACAUCCGCACCACUUGCAGCCCGGAACGCCAACGCGCAGCUCGCAUCCCCAGCUGCCCCAUCCGCAUCACUAUCCACCAUCGCCUCAUCCACAUCCGCACCAUCAGGCAGGCCAUCAUGGCCAUCCGCAUGCCCAUCACUUUGCCUACGGCCAUGGUCAUCCGCAUCCGCAGCAGCAUCAUCCGCACUACUAUCCGCAUCCGCACUCGCAUGUCCAGCAUAUGGCGGCCAUGGGAUAUCCGGGGCCACCGCAGGGCGCACAGCAGGCAGCUGGAGGAGGAGGUGGUGCAGCUGGAGCUGGAGCAACAGGAGGCGCAGGAUCCGCAGGAGGAGGCGGCGGAGGAUUGCCGCCCACGGCCAUGUGAGAUUGGGGUCGGCGUGGCGCCAAGGACAGCGGUGGUGGCGCCACCUGUUGACACGCAUAGGCAGGCUGUUGCAGAAGGACAUGGCAAAGGAUUCAGGAUUCAGGAUUACAGCUCAUCCCCCAUCAUCAUCAACAUCAUCACCAUCAUCCUACCAUCCUGUCCUAGUUUAUAGUUUUCCGUUGAUGUGCAUCGUCAUACAAAUAUUUUUUAAUGUGCUCCUCGUUUUUAGUUUAUGUUUCGUUUAUUUUAGACUAAUUUUACACAAGCUUUUUGCCAAAUUUUUAUAAAACUAUGCAAAUUUUGUAUUACGUUUGACGACGAUAUAAUGAAAUUGUUGGACAACGAUCGAUCAUUACCCCAAAACUAUGCAAUGUUAUUCCUUGAAAAGAGAUUAUUACAUUUACACACAACCACACACACAUACACAUCACACUUUUACACACUCACCAACACAAACACACGCGAUUAUAGAAAAUCAUGCUAAUGCUAUUUAAUAUGGUAAUAUAUAAAUAUAUAUUUUAGUAAGCCAAGAACAAAUGAUAUGUAUGUUAAUGUAAAACCAAUCCUAACUAAACAACAUACAAUAUAUACAUAUACAUAUAUAUAUGGAAAUUGUUUGCGAACCCAGAAAAUAUAUAUAACACACCUAGCAAGAAGCGAUUGGAAGAAAAUCGA